UGUAGAUGUUUAUGCUCCAGUUCAGUACAGUGUGUUUAGAUAAAGUUUUCGAACAAAAAUAAUAAUUGGAUGCCAGAUAUGUUGCUUGAAAUCUUGUCAUGGCUUGCGAUAGUUCUAACCAUUGGGUUUUUCGCAUCGGGAAUUUUAGCGUGUAAGAGGAUCAUAGUUAGUGGCGAUGUUGGGGACGUGCAGUUCCUGCCCUUCGUCACCACACUCAUGAAUUGUCUCCUGUGGACCAUCUAUGGAUAUUUAAAAGAUGACUCAACAAUUAUCAUAGUCAACUUUGUGGGAGCUUUAUUACAAGUUGUAUAUAUUUUAUGCUUUCUCUACUUUUCCAGAGAAAGGGGUAAUAACUUGGCAUUUCUGUUCUACUCUGCUAUUGCCAGCGCAUCACUUUUUAUGUACCUGUCUUUUGUCAUCGUUGAAAGUAACACCAGGUUAUCCCACAUGGGCAAGAUCUGCAUUGUUGUGACAAUUAUGAUGCAGGCAUCACCAUUAGCCACAGUGGCAAGAGUAAUCAGGACGAAAUCUACAGAAAGUAUGCAGUUUACAUUCUCCUUCCUGAUAACACUUUGCUCCUUUGUGUGGUUGUGUUAUGGAACAGUGAUCUAUGACAUCAAUGUACAGCUUCCUAAUUUGAGUGGAGUUCUGCUUGGGUUAGCACAGUUGUCACUCUUCUGUAUCUACUCUUCAACUCCUGGAAGCAAAGUCCCAGUCACUAUUGCAUAGGCCAAAAUGACUGUAUGUAAGGCAAUAUCUGUAAGGCAAAGACUGUAUGUAGGUGUAAGACAAAGACUGUAUGUAGGUGUAAGACAAAGACUGUAUGUAGGUGUAAGACAAAGACUGUAUGUAGGUGUAAGACAAAGACUGUAUGUAGGUGUAAGGCAAAGACUGUAUGUAGGUGUAAAACACAGGCAAAUCUGUGGACCCUACAGUAGGUCCCGUAUUUUUUGUCUAAACUUUCACACAAAGAGGGGGACUGGAUCCACACCAGGGCGGCAGUGUUUAGAACACACACCCCGUGAAAGAAUGCUUAUGGGGUGUAACACACGCACUGUGAAAGAAUGCUUAUGGGGUGUAACACACACCCCGUGAAAGAAUGCUUAUGGGGUGUAACACACGCACUGUGAAAGAAUGCUUAUGGGGUGUAACACACGCACUGUGAAAGAAUGCUUAUGGGGUGUAACACACACACUGUGAAAGAAUGCUUAUGGGGUGUAACACACACCCCGUGAAAGAAUGCUUAUGGGGUGUAACACACACCCCGUGAAAGAAUGCUUAUGGGGUGUAACACACGCACUGUGAAAGAAUGCUUAUGGGGUGUAACACACGCACUGUGAAAGAAUGCUUAUGGGGUGUAACACACGCACUGUGAAAGAAUGCCCAAGCAGUGUAACACGCCCUGUGAAAAAAUGCCCAAGUGGGGUUGUAACACAUACCCUGUAUAAGAAUACCCAAGGGGUGUAUACUUAGAAUGUCAUCUCAUCACAGCAGAGAGUAAAAUCUAAAGCAGACAAAUCUUUAUGUGACUUUCUUACUGGCUAAAGUAAACAGACAGAUGUUCACAAUACACACUGUGAAGAGUAAAACCAAAAUAAUCCUGAAAAAAAAGGGUUGCUGCUGCUGAAAAAUGUUGAAAAAUGUUGAAAAAUGAGAUGUUCAUUUCAGUAGCAAACUAAGUCUUUUUGACUAUGAAUUCAAUUCAUCCUGCAUAAAUUAGGACCACAUUUCAUCACUGAAGUAAAAAUAUAUGCAUGGGUAAUUAUGUUUUCCCAAGAUUGAGAGUUUUCUUUAUUCAAAAUUUGACCAACUCAACAAUAACUUCAGAGCCAGUUAUAACAGUAGAAGACAUUGCCAUUUCUGACGGAAGGAUUUCUAGUAAGACACCUUAAGGGGAAAUAAUUGAAACCUUCGUGUUAUUUAAAACGUUGCCUUAUAUUUAAAAAUGGUAGUUUCCUGUUUCCAAGCAAUUAAUAUAGCACAUGUAAACUACACAUAUUACACAGAUUUAGUUUUUUUAAGGUUUCAUUGAAACCGUUAACAACCUUGUAAAAAGUACUGAUUAUUGCUAUCUAGAAUAACAAAUAAAAGACACAGAGUUCA